CGGUCACACUUUUGCUUACCGCCAUUUCGUUUGCUUUUCCAGAAAAUUAAAAAAUGUCGCAAGAGCCCGUGAAAGUAGCACCGUCAGACAAAGGUGACUACCUCAUCUGUCCGUUUGACGAAGGGCAUUAUAUUUUGAGUAGUCGUAUGGCCGUACACCUAGUCCGCUGCGCACCCAAUCACCACGGCUCCAAAAAGGUCCGCUGCCCCUUCAACAUCACUCAUGUUUGUACCAUAACUGAGAUGAAGAUGCAUGUGAACAAGUGUCCAAAUCGUUCCGCAUUCGAGGAAUUCGUGAAUCCGGAUAGAUUAACUACGCCUGAGACGCUCCCUCACGAGAACAAGGGGGAAAUCGAGUCCAGUGAGAAUUGGGACGACGAGCCGGACCAGCCUACGUACAAUCCUAGUGCCAAUUGUGCACAAAAAUUUCUAAUUUGUAAUCCCCAAGGCAAUCCGCCAGCAGUUAGGCGUGAAAUCCGCGAGAUGGAACGUCUGCGCUUCCAGCGAAAUCAAAAAUUCUAAAAUAGCUGUAAGCUGAGUUCAAUAAUCUCAAUGUCAAGUAAAAAGGCGUCUCGACACAAGUGUUCGAAUUUGUGUCCAUAGUAAUUAAAUACUCCAAAAUGUACAUGAAAAAGUGAAGAAUAAACUCACUGACGAGUAUGUACACAUGUGUGCAUGUACGAAUUUAAAUGCAU